AUGCGCGACAGACUCAACAGUCUCCCAUUGGAGAUAAUCAUACAUAUCCUAUCUUAUCUGCCAUACGAGUCCCUGCUGGCCUUCGGGGAAACAUGUCGCUUCAACUAUGAGUCCCAUAUUAUGAGUCUCCGCUACUUGCGACUGGGAGUGUUUGAAAAGAGAGCUCAUUCUACUAUAGCCUGCUUGCAGGCUGGUUGGGCCGCACCGGGCCAAAUUUCUCGCUAUUUCGAUGAGGACGACGAGGGCAACGCGAGUGAAUAUACCGUUGCAGUUAUCCAUCCAAAAUUUAAACGUAAUCGGUCGGAUGCACCUGGAAAAAAAGACACCGGGCCAGGCGACUCGAGCAGGCGGAUUGCAGUAGCACGGGGCAAAACUCGGUCACGGACACAGGAAGAGAUGAUCCGCGCUCAAAACAGGAUUUUCUCCUUGAUUGUGAGUCGAUACGGCCCGUCUCUGAUCAAACUAGAGUUCAUGGCGUAUGGUCUUGAUGCUCGCGGAGCGAGGACUCUUGGAGGCAAGUGCCGACACUCGUUACAGCAUCUGGCACUACGCUUCGAACACCGGCAUAUUCGAGACGGGGAAAUGAACCCAAGGCUUUGGCUGCAACCAGCGCCUUCCAGCAAUGUUUGGAAUCUACUCAUUGGAGGAGGGCGCUACAAAGAUUUCGGGAUCUCUAGCCUAGAGAGUCUGAUAUUGGAGAGAACUGGUAUCAACCCGUCUCAAUUGACCAUGCUUGUGAAAAACAAUCCUCGAUUGAGGGUCUUGAAGCUGAAAACCUGUCGUGGUGCGCAUCCCGAAUUCCUGAAUUGGCUGGGGGGUGUCUACAAAGAUUCUGUUGAGACCGAAUCAGGGUCGCACGAAGUUCUGGCUCCUGGAAGGAAGCUGUCUGUUCUUUGGCUGGAAAACUGCCAUGAACUUCUCACACAGCCGAUAGACGAAACAAUCGAGCCGCCCGAUGCGACCUGCGAUCUUGGGCUUGAAUGGGCCAGGGGCUUGACGAAUUUGAAGACCACUCACUUCACUCUUCACUGCUGGGCCUCUAAGGUCUCGAACUUGAGCAAUCUCCCCCAGACCCUCGGGCUGCUGGAACUGUGCUACGUCCACGGCUCCGAGUCCACCCCGGACAGCCAGAUCUCCACCGGCAACGAGCCCCCGCGCCUGGAUAGAUAG